ACUAAUCGUUGAACUCCAAAGUUAGUAGCAUGCGUCUUCGUGUUUUCGUUAACAAUAUACAAUUCUAUGUCAAAAAUCGCCGUCCUUGCACAUCCGUACGGUCCUCUUGGAGGGAACAGGAAUGAUCCGUGCAUUGUGUCUAUGGCUGAUUCAUUACGAGAGUGUGGCUUUCAUGUGAUAACCUUUGAUUUCAAAAACGCUAACGACUCUUCUUUAUCAGCAUGGUUAAGGCCGUUGUCCGGUCCACGGGAUGUUCGACACUUUCAAAGUGUCUUACAACGAGCCAUUGACGAUGUACUGGCCGAAGGAAAACUGGUUGAGCAUGUCGUACUCGGAGGCUUUUCGUAUGGUGCUCGUGUUAGUAUGCAAGUUCAGUUACCAGAAGCAAUAUCCAAGGACACUAUUGUUCAGUAUGUGUUAUUGAACCCGUUCUGUGGUUUCUUAAGUUCUUUCGUCAUGUGCUCCUUCGUCGAUUCAACAGCAUCCGUUCGAGAGGAAAGUGACGUUCUACUUGUUUGGUCGAAAAAGGAUGAGUUUACCGGGGAGAAUUCAUUUCAUAAACUCGCCCGAAAUCUUACCAAAAAACAUUGCAGGCUUGAGGAAUUGGUCCUUCCUGGUGGGCAUUUUGUUGAUGCAACUGCAAUGGGAAAGGUUUUGCUUCCUUUACAAGAAAUGGUUAUGAGGGGAAGAGACAGGUAAUGCUAGUUCAGGAUGUUUGCAACACAUUGAUUUAUUUUUGCUAUUUAUGAAACUAUUUAAGGAUGAAAAGGGACUUUUUAUGGAGAUGAUACUGGAUUUGAUGGAAAGGAAAAACUUAAAAUAUCAUCUUAUGAGAGUGAUGUUUUGUAUAAUGUCGCAUUUUAGAAUACCAAUAUAAAUUGCUAAAGGAAUAAAAAAAAGAAAAUUUUAAACAAAAAAAUAUAAUUAACGAAACGAUUCAUUUAUUCAUGA